CUGAGGGAGAGCCACGGCGCGAAGGUGCUAGCAUGCUGCACGAAUUAUCUGCAGGAUGCUGGCAAGCUAGACAGGCGGGGGGAUGGGGCGAGGAAGUCCGUCACGUCGAAGCUGUACCUACUAGGCCUGAGGGAGGAGUAUGUAGCAGGCUGCAUCUUCCCGGCGCUGAGAGCUGGCACCACGCACGAGGGAAAGUACAUACUGGUGGCAUCGCACGCGCGGCCGCUUAUCGCGAAACACCUUGUGGCGGUUGGGCAUAAGGAGGAUACUGCCGCGAUCUGCUACGGCGCCCAGGGGGAAGGCCAACAACCAGGUCAUGUUUGAGCUGACGGUGAGGGCACUAGACUCGAACCUGAAGUGCGUUGCUUUGUGGGGCGAGUGGAGCAUCUAUCACUCGUCCGCAAUCUGCGGCACAUCAGUCAGGAGAGCAUCGAUUUAAAGGGCCCUGCGAAGGAGCGAGUUUGUCCAAAGCUGCUGAAUCGCCGAAACACAGUGGAAAAGACUCCAGGCCACGUGAAGUACGUGACAGUCUACUUCGAGAAGAGCAUCCUCAUGGCGAUGAGCGAGAGAAAUAUGGGGACUACGCGACUUGUGGAGGAACUGAACACGCUUAGUGGGCAAGCAAGCGAUCGGGAUCGAGGACAUUGUGGAGGAUCGCCUGGCGGGUAUGAAGUCACGCGGCCUGUACGAGACACCUGCAGGGACGAUCCCAUACAAGGCGCUGGAUGCGCUGGAGUCGUCGCUUCUCGACUGCGACACACAGCUCUUCAAGCUCCAGCUUGCACUGCGCUUCUUCUAGCUUGUGUACGACGGAAGUGGUUCAAGUCUCCGAACCAGUCAGCGUCCGAGAUGCUCGACCAGAUGGCAGAGACGGUGACAGAGAAAGUGACGAUGAAGUUGCACAGGGGUAACAUUCUCUCUGCCGGGAGGCAGCCGCCGUACUCGCUGUACAACGAGUACAUCGCUUCGUUAGGGGGCAGUCACAAUUUUUAUAAUCACCGCGACGCGAAUGGCAUCGCCCGACUGCUCCGGCUGCCCCUACGCAUUUGCGCGAUUACGCUAAAGGAAAACACGAUGCCGAUCAAAGUUCUAAGUGCACACAUCCCUGUGAGCGUGUGCUCCGCACUGCGCACCACCAGACCACUGCUCGUACUGCCUGCCUCCCCUCAAUCAUCGGUGUACCGUGCGCUCUGUGUUUCUCACGCUGUGCUUCGUCACACCAAUCUCUCUUCCCUGGGUACGUGGUCAAGGGUGCUCUCGCACCGAUGUCCGUGCGCCGCACGUCACCGACUGUCACUCCCUCUCUCUUCUCCGCUCCCCACAAGCGCCGUGCGCUAG